UCCCUGCCAUGAUCACCUCGCACCCCAACACCACGAUCGCCAUCAAGGGGCAGAGCAAGGAGCUGAACUGCACGGCGCGCGGAGAGCGACCCAUCAUCAUCCGCUGGGAGAAGGCUGACACCGUCAUCGACCCCGACCGGAACGCACGCUACGCCAUCGCCACCAAGGACAGUGGGGACGAGGUCAUCUCCACACUCAAGCUGAAGCCAGCAGACCGUGGCGACUCUGUGAUCUUCUCAUGUCACGCCAUCAACUCGUACGGAGAGAACCGGGGCCUGAUUCAGCUCACCGUGCAAGAGCCCCCCGACCCCCCCGAGUUGGAGGUGCGAGAGGUGAAGGCUCGAAGCAUGAACCUGCGCUGGACUCAGAGAUUCGAUGGGAACAGCAUUAUCACAAGCUUCGACAUUGAGUACAAGAACAAGUCAGACUCGUGGGAUUUCAAGCACGCCACAAGGAACAUUUCCCCCACGAUAAACCAGGCGAACAUUGUGGAGCUUCACCCAGCACGGGUCUACAGCAUCCGCAUGUACUCCUUCAACAAGAUCGGACGCAGUGAGGCCAGCAAGGAGCUCACCAUCAGCACUGAGGAAGCAGCUCCUGAUGGCCCGCCCAUGGAGGUCAUCCUCCAGCCAAUGACAUCGCAGAGCAUCCGGGUCACAUGGAAGGCCCCCAAGAAGGAGCUGCAGAAUGGGGUGAUCCGCGGGUACCAGAUCGGGUACCGUGAGAACGGGCCGGGCAGCAACGGGCAGUACAGCAUCGUGGAGAUGAAGGCGACGGGCGACAGUGAGGUCUACACCCUCGACAACCUCAAGAAGUUCGCUCAGUACGGGGUGGUGGUGCAGGCCUUCAACCGGGCCGGAACCGGACCCUCCAGCAGCGAGAUCAAUGCCACCACGCUGGAGGACGUGCCCAGCCAGCCCCCGGAGAACGUGCGUGUGAUGUCCAUCACCUCGGACGUGGCGGUCUUGUCCUGGUCCGAGCCCCCCCGCAUCACCCUGAACGGCGUGCUCAAGGGAUACAGGGUCAUCUUCUGGUCCCUCUUCCCCGAUGGAGGUGGGUGCUGUGGGACAAAGGAGCAGGUCCUGAUACAGAAAUGGGGAGAGAUGCAGAACAUCACGACGACCCGUGAGAGAGUGGAGCUCAAGGGGCUGGAGAAAUUCACCAACUACAGCGUGCAGGUGCUGGCUUACACACAGGCUGGGGACGGAGUGAGGAGCAACAUGCUCUACAUCCAGACCAAGGAGGACAUUCCGGGACCCCCUGCUGGGAUCAAGGCAGUCCCCUCCUCUGCCAGCAGUGUUGUGGUGUCUUGGCUCCCCCCCACAAAGCCCAAUGGUAUCAUCCGCAAGUACACCAUCUUCUGCUCCAGCCCAGGAUCCGGGCAGCCGGCCCCCAGCGAGUACGAGACCAGUCCGGAGCUCCUGUUCUAUCGCAUCGCUCACCUGAACCGCGGGCAGCAGUAUCUGCUCUGGGUCGCGGCCGUCACCUCAGCAGGAAGAGGAAACAUCAGCGAGAAGGUCACCGUGGAGCCUGCUGGGAAGGCCCCAGCGAAGAUCAUCUCUUUUGGGGGCACGGUCACCACACCCUGGAUGAAGGAUGUGCGCCUGCCCUGCAGCUCUGUGGGAGAGCCCGCCCCCUCCAUCAAGUGGACCAAGGACAGUGAGGACUCUGCUAUCCCGCUCACGCUAGACGGGCACCUCCUCAUCCUGGCCAACGGAACCCUGGUUCUGCGCGCCGUCAAAGCCGAGGAUUCUGGGUACUACACGUGCACCGCCACGAACACGCUGGGCUUCGACACCAUCAUCAUCAAUCUGCUGGUGCAAGUGCCUCCGGACCAGCCUCGCCUGACCGUCUCCACCACCUCCACCUCCUCCAUCACCCUGGCCUGGGUACCGGGAGACAACGGGGGCAGCUCCAUCCGAGGCUUCGUCCUGCAGUACUCAGUUGAUAACAGCGAGGAGUGGAAGGACGUGUUCAUCAGCUCCACAGAGCGCUCCUUCAAACUGGACAACCUCAAGUGUGGCACCUGGUACAAAGUGAAGCUGGCAGCCAAGAACAGUGUGGGGGCCGGCAGGAUCAGCGAGAUUAUAGAAGCAAAGACCUUCGGGAGAGAGCCCUCCUUCAAUAAGGACCAGCAUCUCUUCACUCACCUGAACUCGACACACGCUCGGCUGCACCUGCAGGGCUGGAACAACGGCGGCUGCCCCAUCAACGCCAUCCUGCUGGAGUUCAGACCCAAGGGCACCUGGGCGUGGCACACGCUGCGCACCAACACCUCUGCCGACCUGUUCCUGGCAGAGCUGCGCGAGGCCACCUGGUACGAGCUGCGCAUGAAGGCCUGCAACAGCGCCGGCUGCGGGAACGAGAGCGCGCAGUUCGCAACGCUGGACUACGAUGGGAGCACUAUCCCCCCUAUCAAGUCUGCGCGUGACGAGGGGGAUGAUGUGAAGAAGCUGUUCACCAUCGCCUGCCCCGUCAUACUGGUGACACUGGGAGCGGCCCUGCUCUUCAUCAUCCGCAAGAAACGCAAAGAGAAGAGGCUCAAGAGGCUACGAGAUGCUAAAAGCCUGGCAGAGAUGCUGAUCAGUAAGAAUAACCGCAGCUUCGACACGCCGGUGAAGGGCCCCCCCCAGGGGCCACGGCUUCACAUCGACAUCCCGAGAGUGCAGCUCCUCAUCGAGGACAAGGAGGGGAUCAAACAGCUGGGUGAAGACAAGGCCACGAUCCCUGCGACGGACACCGAGUUCAGCCAAUCAUUGAACCCGCAGAGCUUCUGCACGGGUGUGUCCCUGCAUCACCCCGCCCUCAUCCAGAACACUGGCCCUCUGAUUGACAUGUCUGACAUCCGGCCCGGCACCAACCCGGUGUCCAGGAAGAGUGUGAAGUCGGCUCACAGCACGCGGAACCGCUACUCCAGCCAGUGGACCCUGACCAAGUGCCAGGCCUCCACCCCCGCGCGAACUCUGACCUCUGACUGGCGCACCGUGGGGUCACAGCACGGCAUCACAGUGACGGAGAGCGACAGCUACAGUGCCAGCCUGUCCCAGGACACAGAUAAGGGUCGGAACAGCAUGGUCUCCACAGAGAGUGCCUCCUCCACUUACGAGGAGCUGGCCCACGCCUACGAGCACGCCAAGCUGGAGGAGCACCUGCAGCACGCCAAGUUCGAGAUCACAGAGUGCUUCAUCUCCGACUCCUCGUCCGACCAGAUGACCACGGGCACCAACGAGAACGCAGACAGCAUGACCUCCAUGAGCACGCCCUCCGAGCCGGGCAUCUGCCGAUUCACCGCCUCCCCACCCAAACCACAGGACUACGAUCGCGGCAAGAACGUGGCGGUGCCCAUCCCACACCGAGCCAACAAGACUGAGUACACUCACACCGUCAACAAGAGUGAUUACUGCAACCUCCCUCUGUACAUGAAGACCGACCCGUUCUUCCGCAAGCCGGACCUGCAGGACCCGAGCCCAGUGGUGCCUCCGCGUGAGGCCUCCAUCCGCAGCCUGGCCGCCAGAGCCUAUCACACGCAGGCGGCGCGUCACAUGACCCUGGAGCCCGUGAGUGCCAGCAAGCAGGCCCUGAGCCUGGCGCACGCCAUGGUGCCCUCGGGGACCAACGCGACGGCCACGCUACCUCAGAGGACUCUGACCAUGCCCAGCUCCAGCAAUCCCACCCCCGCCACCAAAACAGCGACCUCCAGAGACUCUCUGCUGGAAGGGCGUUCGCAGAAACAGGGGGCCGGGGCUUACUCCAAAUCCUACACGCUGGUGUAGUGACAGGACUGCUACCCACCCCUCACCCCCCCACUCACUGUCCCCCCUCCCUCCUGGACUGUUCAGAACCCUACACCCUGGUGAUUCCCACCCCCCUCCCCUCCCUCCUGGACUCUGUUCAGAACCCUACACCCUGGUGAUUCCCACCCCCCUCCCCU